AUGUUAUCACGUUCCGGCUUCUGCGCUUGGAUUACGUGCGAAGGGAAGGAGAUUAUAGAGUACGAGAGCACACUGGAUAGUACAGGUAAGAGGGUGAUAUGUUGGAUUCCGAGCGAAGCGGGAAAGACAUUCAGCGUGCACUGGGCUGACCAGGGAACGAACGUUGAUAGCGCAACCUACAUCAAGCUGGAUGGGUUCACUGUGCCAGGGCGUUUUCUAUUCGGCAAGGGUCAGGCUCAACGUUCCGGGGUGAGGGUUGGUGACGACUCGGAGAGACCAUUUCAGUUCUCCCGAGUUGAUGAAGCAGGCUAUAGGAAUAAUCCCGAGGUUGGCACGAUCGCGGUCAAGAUCAAGCUGGUGCUUCGGAACGGCAGACGUCAGCCUAAUGCACCUCAGACAAUCCCACCUCCGGCCAGGGGCACACAUACAGACCUUCACAGUUUUGCGGAAGAAUGUAAGACAUAUAUGCAAACGCCGGACACUUGGUCUUUCGAGCCCUAUGAUAAGUCGGGACCGAGCACUCAUGUUGCCUUCGUGUUUCGGUACAGAUCGCGUCGUAAGUAG